AUGCCGGACGAACUGAUACUCUCCUCUGAAUCAACUGCUAUGACAUCAGACCUUUCAACAAUAGAUCUACCGACGUCUCAAUCACAACCGUCUAAGGAGGAAGUUCAAAUACAACUUUUACAACAAUUACAAGAACAAUUAAAAGUACAACAAGAUCUUUUAAAUCAUCAACACGAAGCUUACAUCUUGGAUCAAGCUAAACAGCAGCAACACUUGCAACCCGAUACUUUACAUGCACCUCCACAUAAUCAACAAGCCACCCAUUGGAGUUUCACCCAGGGCUUGAUAAUUGGUCAAUUGAGCGUCAUUUUCGUUGUCAUUAUCUUCAUAAAGUUUUUUGUGUUUGCUGAUUCGUCAAGCACUCCAUCAAAGACAAUUAUACGUGAUGCAUCAGGAGUGAUAGUUAAACGAGAUAAGAAGCAAACUGGUGGUAGUAACAGCAGCAACAAUAACAAUGGUAAUAGCAAUAACCAACGCAAUUCUUAUUUAAAUCGAGAAGAAGCAGAUGCAUCAGCUGAAGAUGAACGAUUAUUGAGCAAUCGAGCCAAAGUAUCGGCCAUUUUAGAAAAGACCUACUAUGACGUUCAUAAUCAUUCUUCAGAAUCGUUGGAUUGGUUUAAUGUGCUUAUAGCACAAACUAUUUCUCAUUUCAGAACCGAGGCAUUAUUAGCUGAUAAUAUCUAUCAUUCGUUGAAUGAUUUUCUCGAUCAAACUGAAUUACCCGAUUUUAUGGAUAAAAUUACCUUGACUGAAAUUGAUAUCGGUGAUGAUUUCCCCAUUUUUUCCAAUUGUCGAAUCAAGCAAAGUAAUGAAGAUACUGGACGAUUAGAAGCUAAAAUUGAUGUUGAUUUAUCGGAUACAUUGACAUUGGGCAUUGAAACGAAGUUGUUAUUGAAUCAUCCACGGCCAUUGACUGCGAUUUUACCGGUGGCUUUAACUGUUUCGUUGGUGAGGUUUUCGGGCUGUUUGACUGUGUCGUUGAUCAACACUAAUGAUCAAGAAUUUGCUGAUCUGAAGAAUAUCAAUAAUAAUAAUAAUAACGACCACGAGACUAGCUCUUCUUCAACUAUUAAUGGCGAAAGAAAUGGUGUCCAACAGCAACAGAGCAAUGAUAACGGUAAUGGCGUUGGAACUGCAUUGAUGUUUUCAUUCUCACCUGAUUAUCGACUAGAAUUUGUCGUCAAGUCAUUAAUUGGAUCAAGAGCCAAACUACAAGAUGUGCCGAAAAUAUCCUCCCUUGUUGAAAACAGAUUACGAACUUGGUUUAUUGAACGAUGUGUUGAACCUAGAUUUCAAGUUGUUAGAUUGCCUUCAUUGUGGCCAAGGACGAAAAAUACUAGAGAGCCAAUUAAAGUUAAAGAAGGCGACGAAUAG